GGCCUCAAGGCCGGGCGGGCGGGGCCGCGACCCUCGACGGCCGCCGUCUCCCGUCAACCCGGGGUCGAGCGGCCGGACCGGAGGGCGACGGACGGCGCAGGCGCGGCGGGCCAGUGCGCCUGCGCAGGCCGCUUAGGACGGCGGUGCUGUCCGGCCGCGCGCCCGUGAAGUCGUCCGCCCGACGGAGCGGGUCACGGGCCGCCGACAGCCUCGGGCCUGCAGGGACGGCCUCGGGAGCCCCAGAGGAAGCGGGUGCUGCGCGCCGUGUUGCCAUAGUGCCUCCGCGCCCCGCAGUUUCGCGUCACUCGGGGGUCACGGGCGCACGCCUGUGGCUAAGGAAGGGCCGCGUGCGCCUCCGCGGUGGGAAAGGGUUCUGGGGGCCGAACGGGAACGCCACAAAGGCAGCAAUGGGAUAGGAUAGCAGUCGGCCGGUAGGCCCCCGAGUCAGGGUCGGCCUAAAUAAGGACAGCCCUGAAGAGUUAAGUCGCGAGUGCCGCACGACUUGAGUUCUCAGGUUUCUACCCCAGGAACUUUGGCUCAUGUAAUGGGAUGAGCCAGAGUUGUUGCAGCCAGUGCUGAACUCAGGGUGACCUCCCUGCAGGGAUCACAAUGAUGAGUCCAGCUGCUGCCUGCCGUUGGAACAGCAGGGACAUCUGCUCUUGAAAGAAGAAACCCAAGAAUCUGCAGACCAGUUUUCAAGGCCACAGCCUUUUCCCCUCUGGUACUUUCCAGACCUUAAAACUAGAAAUUACUGACUGGGAAAGGUGGACAUCAUGUUCACAGCGCCUGGCGUGGCGGCGGUGGGGGGAAGGCCUUAUUCCUGCAGUGAGUGUGGCAAAAGCUUUCGGUACAGUGCAGUGCUGCUGCGCCACGAACGUGCCCAUGGUGGUGACAAACGUUUCCGCUGUCUAGAGUGUGGUGAACGCUGUGCUCGAGCCUCAGACUUGCGUGCACACAGGCGGACCCAUGCUGGCCAGACCCUCUACGUCUGCAGUGAGUGUGGCCAGAGCUUCAGUCACAACAGCCUGCUGGACCUACACUUGGGGACACACCGAAGGCGUAGUAGCCACACCCGCCCUUGCCGCCUCUGUGGCCGUCGCUUCCCUCACAUCCCUGCACUACUGCUGCAUCGGGUCCGUCAGCACCCACCUGAGAAGCCCCACCGCUGCCCUCUGUGUGCCCGCUCCUUUCGGCAGAGUGCUCUUCCUUUUCAUCUGGCACGGGUGCACCCCCCAGAGACCACCACUGCCACUGCUCCUUCCCCCAGCCCGCUGCACCACUGUACACAGUGCCCACGGGCCUUCCAUAGCAGUGCUGGGCUGCGGAACCAUUCCCGCAUCCACGUCGUCCUCAGCCUCAGCGACCCUGGCGCCGAGGCCCACCAAUGUGGUGUGUGUGGUAAGAGUUUCAGCAAGAGUUCCACGCUCACACGACACCUCCAGAGGCACUCCGGGGAGAAGCCCUACAAGUGCCCUGAGUGUGGCAAGGGCUUCCUGGAGAGUGCCACGCUGGUACGGCACCAGCGAACGCACACUGGAGAAAAGCCAUAUGCAUGUAGCGACUGCGGUCGCUGCUUUAGCGAGAGCUCCACACUGCUGCGCCAUCAGCGCAGCCACCAGGGUGAACGGCCCCACGUGUGCCCUACUUGCGGCAAGGGCUUUGGACAGCGAUAUGACCUUGUGGUGCACCAGCGCAGCCACACGGGGGAGAGGCCUUUCCCAUGCCCAGAGUGCGGCCGGGGCUUCACAGACCGCUCAGACCUCACCAAACACCUGCGCACACACACUGGGGAAAAGCCUUAUCACUGUGAGCUGUGUGGCAAGCGAUUCACCUGCAUCUCCAACCUCAAUGUGCAUUUACGCAAUCAUGCCGGCCAUAAACCACAUAAGUGCCCAGAGUGUGGCAAGUCCUUCAGUGUUGCUUCCAAGCUUGCACUGCACAGAAAAACACACCUAGGUGAGAGGACAGCAGAGUGCACGGAGUGUGGCAAAUUCUUUAGCCAUGGCCGAUCUCUGUCACAGCACCAGCGUUCCCAUAGACGUGCUAGAGCAGCUGCAAUAGCAGCCACUACCACCACUGCUGUAGUCACUGAGGUGACAGUAGGUCCUCCCCUUGCCCUCACAGGGCCAACCCAACAGGAGAGAUCAGGGCUCUUAGUGUCUCCAUUUCAGGAAACUUGCUAAGAGGGCCCCAUAAGGUGGCUGGAGGAAAAGGGCAGUUCAGAUGGUUUGGAAACCAGACCUACUACUGUUGCAUUGUUGCUAGGUACUCACCUAGGUUGCCUUGUCUAAACCAAGAUCCCUAACAGCUCUUCCAUCAUCCAUCCUUGUAUUCCCUAGCUCAAAGUCCCAGGAGUCAAGGUACCAGUACCACAGCCCUAUGCAAGACAGACCAGGUGUUUGUGUUCUAUUGCUCCCACUCUGCUCUCCUUUGUUGGUGUUGGGCCUGAGCUCUUCUUUCUUGGCUCUUCAGGCAAUGUAUUUGGUCAAUUAGGUCUCUUGUUUCUUAUCUGCCUAUUAAUCUCUACUGCUUUCUCUUGCUUGAGACGUAGUUGCAGAGGUGAAACAUAGGCCAUAUGGAAGGGUGGAAUGGCUCCCUUCACUAAAGGACCAAGAUCUGUAGCAAAUUACCCCCAGCAAGAAGAGGGAAAACACAAAAGUAGGCAGUCAUCAGCCUGGCCAUCCACAUAUGCCCUUUUACAAGAUGCCUCUUAGGGCCAGCAAAAUGGUUCAGCAGGUAAAGGCACCAGCUAACAACCUGAAUUUGAUCCCUUGAACCCACACAUGUACCAUCCAUGGCACAUGUGCACACACAAAGAACUAAUCCUCCCCUCCCCUGACAAAUGGCUCUUAGGACAAUUUUCUCUAGCCAGGUAAGAAAUGUUUGCCUUAGGAUACAGCCCAAGACUGUAAAGUCCAUAAAGCCCAGUGACACCAUGUGAAACAGAAUGUUCUUUCCAGAUGAAGCUUCAAGGCAUGAGGAAACAUUCCUAGGAGUCCUGAACAAGGGCAGGAUGUAAAGCCUGGAGUUGGUCAAUGACUGCUUAUAGCUGGUAAAAUUGCUAUUUGUUUCGGUUUGUGACACCAAGAACCCCUAUGUCAAAAUGAGUUCCAAGUUCUCAUCCCUUUUGGUGGUGGUUUCUUCAUUGCUGUGACAAAUGCCUGAGAAAAUCAACUUAAAGAUUUAUUUUG